AUGACUAUGGAGUACAUUCCACAGAUCUUCAUGGUGAUCUCAUUGAUUGUAAUCAACAUAAACUACAGUUUAUCCGUGCGUUGCUACAAAUGUUUACAUUGUCCAGAUCCAUUCGACCCUGCAUCUCCUUCAGUAUACAAUAAAAGUGGCUGUAAUUGGUGUUCAAAACUUAAGCUUCCAGGACUAUCUGUCCCCCUCAGACAAUGUUCACCUGAUUGUAGCUAUGAGUAUUUCGGCGAAACAUAUCCCGAACUUACUUAUUACUGUUGUCAAAGAGACUAUUGCAAUGAAAGUGUACAAACUCGUGUUACUCAUCAAAUACUACUUAUCACACUGAUUACACUCAUUUGUAUAUUCACUAAUAAAAAGAAAUAA